AAGUGGGUUAUUCGAUAAUUUUUUACAUUUUAUAGGGAAAACAAUGGAGAACAUGCGGAAACGCAUCCUCAUUGAGCUAAUCUCCAGUCCCGAACGUCUAAGCAAGCUCGUAAACCAACCAACCUUCAACGACUGUAUCAAAUACGGUGAAAGGUUGUGCGCCGUCAUAAUGGACACAAAGAUGGUCAAGUUUAUCAAACCAAUAUACGUCGGUUUAGCAGUGCUUGACAUUAGCAAGACGCUAAUGUACAAGUACUUCUACGACGUAUUGAAACCACAUUAUGGCAGUGCAAUCGAAUUGGUUUACAUGGAUACUGACUCCUUCAUAUACCUGCUCAGAGUAGGCGACUUCUACCAGGAUUUAGCUGGUAGCCCCGAUUUACUUGUGCACGUGGACGCAUCUAGUCUGCCCAAGGAUCACCUUUGUUACUCCACCGAUAGAAAGAAGAUGCCCGGCUUGUUUUCAGACGAGACCAGUGGCCUCGCUCUCUUUGAGAUUNCGAGACCAGUGGCCUCACUCUCUUUGAGAUCGCUGCACUUCGAUCAAAGUACUACGCAUUUGACAUGGAAGGCAGCGAACUCAUAA